AACCCAAAUUCCCUCCCAAAAUCGAAAGCUUUCCCACCGCUUCUCAUUCUGGAAUCCUUCAUGAGAUGGGAUAUGGAGGUCGAGGAGGUGGAGGCAGUUCUCGACAAGAUCUGGGACUUGCACGACAAGCUCAGCGAUGCGAUUCACUCCAUCUCACGCACCCACUUCCUCAACACCGUCAAAACGCUGAGCAAGAAGUCCGGUGAUAAGACGACGGCUAAACAACACCAGUAUCAGCAGGGCAGCGAGCCGGAGAGCAGGACUUCCGGGUGCGUGUUCGUGAAGGAUUUCGCCGCCUACGAUGAGGCGAUUCAGGAGGCCAAGAGCCUCAAUUCGAUCCGGACUGCUCUCGAGAACCUCGAGGACCAGCUCGAGUUCUUCCACACUGUACAGAUCCAGCAACGGGCUGAGAGAGAUGCUGCGAUUGCACGACUAGAGCAGAGCAGGAUUGUUCUUGCAAUGAGGUUAGCAGAGCACCAUGGAAAGAAAUACAAAGUCGUUGAAGAAGCCCUGGCUUUUGUAGGAGAUGUGCAAGAGGCGAGUCGCUUCAUUUUCCCUGAAUAUCUCUACAGUACUGCAAAUGGUGCUGGUGAGAACUUGGCAAAUCAGAAGGGAAAUAUUUUGAUGAAAUUUCUAGUUUCGAGUUUUAACUUUGCAAAGGGUUUCCUGAGACUCGAUCAGGCGGGUGGAGUACUGGGGAAUGCUGCUUUGGUUGCAAUCACUAUGAUGGCAUUGUUGAACUUCAAUCAGGUAACACAGAAGGAUCAUAUUCAUAAGCAUCGCGUUGAUAUUUACGGUGGUAAUGGUUCUAAAAGAUCCUUGACGAGGCUGCACAAGUCAUCGAAUGGUAGCUCAGGGCAAUUGGAUGUGCUGUUGGCCCGGGGUUGAUUCAAACCGUGAAGUCAUGUUAUUCCAUUGAUUGCCUUGUUUUUUCAUACCACGAGCUCCAUGGAGCGGUUGCAAAGAGAGCCGCAGGAGCUAGCUUUUUUAUUUUUUUCCUUCCUUUUUCCCCCCUUUCUGACUUCCCAUCUUUGGAAGUUUUAUGUACAUCCCUGGCUUUUGAAUGAGAAGGUGUGUCCGAGAAUGUUUGUAAUUCAUUCUGACUUUAUUUUUCAUGAAUGAAGAUCUCUCUCUGUUUUUUUUUUU